AUGACUGACCAAAAUCAUCCCAUAUACCCGGACUUACGGGACAAAGUCGCGCUGGUCACGGGCAUCGGGCAAGACGGGCCCCCUAACGAGACGCAGAACUGGGGCAAUGGGGCCGCGACGGCGCUGGCCCUGGCCCGCAACGGCGUCAAGGUGUUUGGGUGCGACCUCAACCUCGACGCCGCCCGGCUCACGAAGUCGCGCAUCCAAGCCCUCGUCCCGGACGCCAUCGUGGACGUGGCCGUGGCCGACGUCACCAAAGCCGCGGACGUGGACCGGUUUGUUGAGGAAUGCGCCCGGAAGCACGGCGUCCGCAUCGACAUCCUCGUGAACAACGUCGGGCGCAGUGAAAAGGGCGGGCCCGCCGACAUGAGCGAGCAAGUCUGGGACGCCCAGGUCGAGAUCAACCUGAAAUCCGUCUACCUCAUGUGCCACGCGGUGCUUCCGAGGAUGGAGGCCCAGGGCUCGGGCGCGAUCAUCAACAUCAGCAGCGUCGCCAGUCUCCGGUAUGUCGGGAAGCCUCAAGUGGCAUAUUCUUCGACGAAGGCUGCGAUCACGGCAUUCACCAAGCACACGGCCGUCAUCUACGCGAAGAAGGGCGUCCGUCUCAACGUCGUCUUACCGGGGCUUAUGUUCACGCCGCUCGUACAGACCCUGGCUAAUAAGUAUGCGGACGGCGACUACGAAGGAUUCGUGCAGACCAGACACAACCAGGUGCCCACGGGCAAGAUGGGGUCCUCGUCCGACGUCGCCAACGCCGUCGUCUUCCUCGCGAGUAAUGUUGCUGCCGGCUACAUCACGGGCCAGAAGCUUGUGGUUGACGGUGGCCUUGUGUCGAGCACCGGCAGGACGUAG